AUUUUCUUUUAAGUAUAGCAAUGUUGUCCCCAAACAAAAAAUCGUGACAACAUUAAUCCUUUUUUCCGAUAUACUUUUUCAUUUUGUGUUGUUGACGUCGGCUAUGGUGCAUGAGUCAGGGUUUGGCUGGAACCUUUCUAUCGCUUUUCCACGUUUUCCCUGUUCAUGAAAAUAAUACAAGAGGGGGAAAAAUCGUCGGGUUGCUGAGAACCUAAAAAGAUUCUGCAAGGUGUAAAGCAAGAGCUUGGCAAACCCAGCAAGGAACCAGUUAUUGCAAGCUUCAGCCGAGGAAGUAAUUGUAAUUCUCCAAAAUGCCCAUAAAAGACUUCUGGUCCAAAUCCAAUUAGUUAUGUCCUAAAAAUCCCAUAGAUUAAUAAAACUUUCAAGAACCCAACUGUCCUUCUCGACCAAGACAUCGGUAAGUUUACUCGAAGCAUCCCAAAUUAUUAGAUCGUCUUCCAAGCACAAGUACUACACGACCCAAUCACAUGCCGCCAAGGUGCUUAAGUUGUCCACCCUUGCUACUGAUUUCGCUUGGUAUUCCUCGUUAACUUAUAUUUGUUUUGUACAUAAAUGGACAUGGCCUAUGAAAAAUAAAAAUCAAUAUCUCUGCGUCCUUCUAAGGAACUCAAAACUCUUUUAACCGCAAAGGAGCCGAGGACUCCCCGUUAACGUCUUUGCUCAAUCUUAUAGUAUACUUUUCCAUCUUCUCAUCUUGAAGUCUAGGACAUAGAGAGGCACCCAAAGGCCAAAACUCACCAGGAAACAAUUCCGAAAGGCACAAAAUAACUGAAAACCAAAAUAGAAAAGACAUAGGAAACCAAGCGCAGAGACAGAAAGCGAGGGAAUCAAGCCACUUCAAAUAAAGAAAGACAUGAUGGAGCAAGAGCAAGAAGCAUCACCACCCACGUCUCCAUCAUCAAUAACACAUCGUCCACCAUCAUCAUACAUGUUAUUUCUAAAAAUUAUGAGCAAAAGGAGAACAUGGAUAUUUCUCUUUGUGCUAGUUUAUGCCAUCGUUUUAGAUUCUUCAUGGAAUUCCCUUAAAUCAAUACUUUCUUGGUACAAACAUCAAGCCCAACCAUCUUCUGCUUCUUCUGGCUGGCCUGCCCUCUAUGCAUCUGUUCUUCUUGGUGCGGUUUUUGGGUCGCUUUCUAUGGUUGCAGCUCUGGCUGUGGCUGUGCCAGCCACUUUGAUAACCUGGAUAACUGUUGUGGUUUUGCUUGCUUUCUUUGGGAAACCAAAGAGGAAGUUGGUGCUUGAAGGAAUGAAGAUCACAAGAGAAAUCGCUGGUGUUGUGUUCAAGAUUUUGUUGAAGGAAGGGAAUCUUGUAGCUAUCGUUUGUGCCGUUUUGGGGUACUUUGCACUUGUCAGGAAGAACUCUGUUGAGUGAUUAAGUUGAAUUGUAAGUAAUUAAGGCCUUAUCUAGCUGAACAGAUUUUGCUUUCCGGAUAUAUGAAGAAAUUGGAUUUUGGAAGUUUUCCUUGUGAAGCGGUUUGGGAAUGUUAUCCUCCGUGUUGCAUCUAAGACAUUGUUUGGUUUUUGUUAAUUUAAUUUAAGAUAAGAAAUUACAAACCCAUGUAAGAGUUACCCCUGUUUCUUUA